AUGGUUGGCUUUGUGGAUCUUUUGGUCGGCGCUUGCCUUCUCCCGGCCGUCUAUGGCGCGAGCUCGACGCCCUCGCCAAGCGCCACCACUAGUUCGGCAUACCAUCAGUUCAGCCUCCCUGCCUCUGCGGACGUCGGUGCCAAUUUGAUCGCCAAUAUCGAUGACCCGCAGGCUAUCAACGCACAGUCCGCUUGUCCUGGAUAUAAGGCAUCCAAUGUACAGAAGACGUCUAGCGGGGUUACGGCAACCUUGCAGCUGGCUGGUCAGGCUUGCAAUGCAUAUGGAACGGAUAUCGAGUCCCUGAACUUGACGGUCGAGUACCUUGCCAAAGACCGCUUGAAUGUCGUGAUCAUCCCGACUCAUAUUGAUGCCUCCAAUGCUUCUUGGUACCUGCUCAACGAACAUAUGGUGCCCCGCCCCUUGGCCGACAAGGAUGGCUCUUCAGAGAACGACAGUGAUCUCGAGUUCACGUGGUCCAACGACCCUUCUUUCGGUUUCACCGUGACCCGAAAGUCCACUGGGGAUGUGGUCUUUGACACUGUGGGCUCCGUUCUGGUGUACCAGGACCAGUUCAUCGAAUUUGUCACGGCCCUGCCCGAUAACUACAACUUGUAUGGUCUUGGAGAGCAUAUCCAGCAACUGCGCCUUUUGCCGAAUGCUACUCUGACUAUCUAUAACGCGGAUGCUGGAGAUCCAAUAGAUCGCAACAUAUAUGGAGCUCAUCCGUUCUAUCUGGAUACCCGCUACUACGAGGUCGAUGACGAGGGCUGCCGAACUCCCGUUUCGAGCGAUGAUGCAAAUCCUGACAAGGACUAUACCUCCUAUUCCCAUGGUGUUUUCCUUCGAAACGCACACGGUCAGGAGAUCCUCACUGGGGCUCAGAAUCUCACCUGGCGCACGCUCGGUGGUGGCCUCGACUUGACCUUCUACGCGGGUCCGACUCAGCCUGAGGUGACGAAGAACUACCAGAUGAGUACCAUUGGGCUGCCUGCGAUGCAGCAGUACUUCACGUUUGGCUACCAUCAGUGCCGCUGGGGUUACACCAACUGGUCCGAAGUGGAGAAUGUCGUAGCAAACUUUGAAAAGUUUGAGAUUCCUCUCGAGAACAUGUGGAACGACAUUGAUUACAUGAAGACUUGGCGUGAUUUCGACAACGAUCCUAUUCGGUACUCCUACAGCGAGGGACGAGCAUUCCUGGAGAAAUUGCACAAGAGUGGCCGCCACUAUAUUCCUAUUGUCGACUCUGCGCUGUAUAUCCCGAACCCGCACAACAAGUCCGAUGCCUAUGAUACGUACACACGUGGUGCGAAGGAUGAUGUCUUCAUGAAGAACCCUGACGGAAGUACUUACAUCGGUGCUGUCUGGCCUGGAUACACCGUGUUCCCUGACUGGCAUAGUCCUAAGGCCGGCGCCUUCUGGGCCAACGAAAUUGUCACCUGGCACGACAAGAUUCCCUUCGAUGGCAUCUGGAUUGAUAUGAGCGAGGUGUCAUCCUUCUGCGUCGGAAGCUGCGGGUCUCACAAUCUUAGUUUGAACCCCAUCAUGGGCACUUCGCUUCCUGGAACUCCUGGAAACCUGGUUCUUGAUUAUCCGGAAGAAUUCAACAUCACUAACUCGACUGAGGCUGCUUCGGCUUCGGCGGCCUCGGCGAGUCAAGCUGCUGGAAGUGCUACCAGCUCCUCAUCCACCCCGGAUUAUCUACGAACCACUCCUACUCCAGGCGUGCGCGAUAUUAACUAUCCUCCGUACGUGAUCAACAACGUCCAGACUGGCCACGACCUCGCCGUGCACGCCAUGUCUCCUAACGCGACACACUCGGAUGGCGUUCAAGAAUACGACGUGCACAACCUCUUUGGCACCCAGAUCCUCAAUGCCACUUACCACGGUCUGCUUGCUGUCUCCCCCGAGAAGCGCCCAUUCAUUAUUGGACGCUCGACUUUUGCAGGCUCUGGCAGGUGGGCAGGCCACUGGGGAGGUGACAACUUCUCCAGGUGGGCAUACAUGUUCUUCUCUAUCCCACAGGCGCUCUCUUUCUCUCUAUUUGGUAUCCCCAUGUUCGGUGUUGACACCUGUGGAUUCCAAGAUAACACUGAUGAGGAGCUCUGCAACCGCUGGAUGCAGUUGUCUGCAUUCUUCCCCUUCUACCGAAACCACAACACUCUCGGCGCCAUACCCCAGGAGCCGUACCGAUGGGCAUCCGUUAUCGACUCUUCCAAGACUGCCAUGAAGAUCCGUUACGCCAUCCUGCCGUAUUUCUACACACUGUUCCACCUGGCACACACCACCGGAUCAACCGUCAUGCGCGCACUCGCCUGGGAGUUCCCGCAAGAUCCCUCGCUUGCCGCAGUCGACACCCAAUUCCUCCUCGGCCCCGCGAUCAUGGUUGUCCCAGUCCUCGCGCCCCAGGUCGACACCGUGAAGGGCGUCUUCCCCGGCGUGAAGCAGGGUGAAGUCUGGUACGACUGGUACACCCAGACCGCUGUCGAUGCCAAGCCCGGCGUCAACACUACCAUUCCCGCUCCUCUGGGCCACAUCCCCGUCUUUGUCCGUGGUGGUAGCGUCCUCCCCAUGCAAGAGCCUGCUCUCACCACCCGUGACGCCCGGAACACACCCUGGUCCCUCCUCACCUCGCUGAGCGGCAACGGCACGGCCUCGGGCGAGCUCUACCUCGACGACGGCGUGAGCAUCUCGCCUAACGCUACCCUCGAUGUGAAGUUCCAUGCCACCAAGUCUAGUCUUAGUGCCAUGGCUUGUGGUAACUGGAAGGAGACCAACCCGCUUUCCAAGGUUACCGUCUUGGGUGUGUCCCAGAAACCUAACGGCGUGACUCUCAAUGGCAAGGCUAUCCCCGACUCGGCUGUGCAGUACAAUGCUACUUCACACGUACUGUCUGUGAACGGUCUGCAGGAUACUACCUCAGAGGGAGCAUUCAGCAAGAACUGGGUCCUGAAGUGGUGA